AUGUCUCAACCAACAACCUCGGACAAUGUGACUGACACAUCGGCAGCAUCUACGAAUCCAUCGGCAAAAGUUGUACCCCCAUUAAAACUUGAUGUUCUUCGGAUUAUUCGCCUUUGUCAACAACAGCAUGGUCUCCGUCAUGGUGAUUAUCAACGAUAUCGGUCGUUCUGUUCUCGCCGUCUUCGUCGCAUACGCAAAUCUCUUGAAUUAACAUAUGGUAAUCAUAAGAAAUUUCAAAAACCUGUAAUUACAGAUGAACUCGUUGCAAAAGAUUCACGAUAUCUUCUAUUACCACUUAUUUGCAGUGAACGCGCAUGGGCUUUUGCUAUGCAACUUAAAACCGAAGCCAAUACAGAACCUCGAAAAAAGUUUCAUCUUUUAAGUCGUCUUCGUAAAUCAGUUAGACAUGCUGAACAAUUAGAAACGCUGUGCAAUCAACAAAAAACAUGCGAUGCUCGUACAAAACUCGAAGUUCAAGCUUACACAGCUGUUAUGAAUGGCCAUUUAAAGUUUGAAAUGCAAGUAUGGUCUGAUGCAUUACAAUUUUAUAUUCGUGCUCAAGCAAUUUAUGAUAACCUGAAAACGGGCGUUCGUAGUGAAGAUGAUAAACAGAUGAUUGAUCAACGUAUUGAUGAAAUAACAACAAAUGUUCGCUUUUGUCAAUAUAAGACUGGUGACAAGAGUGCGGCUAGAGAAUUACGAACUAUUCGAAAUAAAGCAGCACUUGAUGAUCCUGAAAUGACACGUAUUCUUGAUGCAUUUCUUAAUGAAACACACGAACAGCAAACAUCAUCAAUAUCAGAAAUAACAUGGCGACAACGUAAAAUACAAGUAACAAAUGAAAAAGUUCGUUUGUUUUUUCUCAAUUUACAAGAAUUUGAAAAUGAACUUAAAAAACAAGAUGUUUCAUUCGAUACGAAAAUGAGUCUUUACGAAAGUUUCGUUAAAGAAGCAGUUGAAACAUUACAAAUCGCUAAAGAUGAACUUAAAAAUGAUCCUACAUUCAAACCUGUCCCAGCAUCGUCAACAGCUGCAGCUAGUACAACACGUGAAAAUAGUGAAAAACUAUCUGAUAAUGUUUGGCUUUAUAGUUACAUUGCGUGGAUUCGUCUUUCGAAAAUGAUUGAACGUAAUUUAGCGAUGAUUGAUAAUGGUAAACAACAAAUAUUUAAAACAGCGACAGCAGAUAGUGAAAAAACUGAUGCUGCAUCAGCUAAAAAGGUACCGAAACCUGCUGAUAUUAUUAGAAUGUAUGAUUUAUUAUUGCAAUUUUUAAAUGAUAUUCUGGCAAUACCAGCUUUACAAAAUGAUAAAACAAUUCAAUCGGAUGUCGCUUUUCAAACAAUUGUUUAUAAGGCUUGCAGGUCAUUUUAUAUAACAAUAUCAUUUAUACAACUAAAACGAUUUAAAGAAUCAGCUGCAUUCGUUGUGAAAACUGAAACAUACAUGGAACAGGCAAAGACAAUCGUCAACUCUGGACAACAACUAAAAUCAAGCGAAAUUAACUAUCAAUCACUAUUAAAUGAAUUUAUUUUUAUUCAAUCAAAACUCGAUGAAGUUAAAUAUGAAAUUCAAACAUCAGCUACAUCAACACCACUUGGUAAUGCUUCACCUAAAGUUGGUGCAACACAACAAACAGCUGAUCAGACUAUUUCACCUGAAGAGCAAAAGGAAUUAGAAAAAAAACCAUUAAUCGAUCGUUUAGAUACUUAUUUUGAAGAUUCAUCAUUAACUAAUAAAAGUCGUCUUAAUAUUGUUUCAUUACCGCCACCAUUUAAACCUAUUCCGUGCAAACCUGUUCUCUUCGAUUUAGCCCUCAAUCAUCUAACACUUCCAUCGUUAGAUGAUAAAGUUCAAACAAAACGUCAAGCAACAACGGCACUCACCGAUAAAGGACAACAACAACAACAAGCGGGCCUUACUAGUUAUGUCAAAGGAUUUUUUUCGGGGUGGAAAAAACAAUAG